AUGGUUCACUUUUGCGCUGUUUUUGCAUGCUCGAAUCGAUCUAAUAGAGAAAAGAAUAGGCGGUUUUUUCGCCUACCUGCUGUCAAAAGUAAUGUGAAUGUGAACAAGAAGCAACUUCAACUUGAAGGCAAAAGGAAUGGCUUCGAAGAAUUCGCAGGGAAGAUCUUACGCCAGAAAAGUUUGCGAAUGCUCGUGUGUGUACCGACUUCAUAUCAGAAUGAAUUAAUUCCUACUGGCAAACCAGCAGACCUACAAAAGAAAGAUGACCCAGACUGGGCACCAAGUCAAAAUCUUGGCCACAACAAUGUGAAAAAGAGAAACACAGAACGAUCGUCUCGCUACCAAGGGAUAAUUGAAAAGAAGAGAAGAUCUGAAACUGCUAAUGCCCUUAUAGCAAUGUCAAGCGAGCAGCCCAAUGAGGUUGUUGAUAAAAUGGACACCUCUGAACCAAAGGCAAAUGAAAUGUCAACACAGACUGAUAAAACUGUUAAUGAGCUGAGGUUACUUGAAGAUGAGGUAGAUUUUCUAAGGAAGGAAAAUUCUGAUUUAAAGAAAAAAUUAUUGCAAAAGGAACUAAAUGAGGAUGCAUUUAAAGAUGAUGAUGAAAAGGUACUUUUCUAUACAGGUUUACCUACCUGGAAGCUUCUUUUGUGCCUUUACAACUUUGUGUCUGGCUUCUUGUCACAAUCAUCCAGGUGUAUGCUUAGCCCUUUCCAGAGACUCAUUCUUACAUUAAUGAGAAUGAGACUCAAUCUUUCUGGUAAAGACUUAGCCUAUAGGUUUGGUGGAAUUCAUGAGGCAACUGUUUCCAGAGUUUUUAUUCAAAUGAUGGAUAUUCUACAUAGCAGGCUUUGUCCACUUAUCCAUUGGCCUGAACGAGAAGCCUUAUUAAAAACAAUGCCCAUGGAUUUUUGCAAGAACUGCCCAGCAUGUGCUGUGAUAAUUGAUUGUUUUGAGAUUUUCAUCGACCGUGCAUCUAAUCCUUUAGCCAGGGCACAGACAUACUCAUCAUACAAACACCAUAACACUGUCAAGUAUUUGAUAGGAAUUACUCCCCAAGGUAGUGUAAGCUUCAUAUCUGAUGGACGGGGUGGUCGUGUCAGUGACAAACACUUAACAGAAGAAUGUGAUCUUCUAGAAAAGCUUACCCCAGGGGGUUGUAAUUCUAGCAGACAGAGGGUUUGA